GCCUCUUUCCUGCGUUGCCGGGAGCGUGGGUCGGUCGGUCGGUAGCUGCUGCUGCUGCCUGUCAACAUCACUCAGAAAGACACCUGUCUCCGGGAUCUUUAGUUUUGUUUUUAACUGUUUGUCUGUGACAGAGCCGUACCUGUCCUCCACCAUGCCCAUGUACCAGGUAAAGCCCGUCAGCGGGAGCCACAUAAAGACUGAUAUACCCACCUGCAUGUACAAACUACCAAAUAUCCACGCGCAGCAAGGGAACAGCUGCACCUCUGAGCACGCGCUCCAGAAUGGUGAGUUGGACCCAGCAGUCAAAGCUCUGGAGGCCAGACAGGAUGAAAUCAUGAGGAAACUGUAUGAGCUGAAAGCAGCAGUGGAUGGCCUGGCCAAGACCGUGACCACCCCAGACGCCGACCUGGACCUGACAGUCAGCAGCAGCCUCUCCUCCCAGAGCCCCAGCUCCUCCACCUUCACAGGUGCUGCAGACCUGGACACACUACUGGGCAAGGACCUGGGCGCUCUCCGUGACAUCGUCAUAAACGCCAACCCGGCCCAGCCCCCCCUCAGCCUGCUGGUGCUCCACAGCGUGCUGUGUCAGCGCUACAGGGUUCUCUCCACCGUCCAUGUCCACUCCUCCGUCACCGACGUGCCGCCACAGCUCCUGUCCUGCCUCGGCCCACGCCACGCAGACAGCUACGCCCGCCAGAAGUUCCAGCUGGGCUUCACCCUCAUAUGGAAAGAUGUCCCCAAACUGCAGAUGAAGUUCAGCGUCCAGAACAUGUGUCCCAUCGAGGGUGAAGCCAGCGUGGCGCGCUUCCUCUUCAAGCUGCUGUCCCCCUACCCCAGCGACGCUGCUGUGGCCACGCUGGUGGACAGCUGGGUGGACACGGCGUUCUUCCAGCUGGCAGAAGGCAGCGCCAAGGAGCGCUCAGCCGUCCUACGGGCCCUCAACGCCUCUCUGGGCCGCAGCCCCUGGCUGGCCGGGCCGGACUUCUCCCUGGCCGACAUCGCCUGCUACUGCUGCGUGCUGCAGAGCGGCUCCGCCUCUUCGACUCCCGCUAACGUCCAGCGCUGGAUCAAGUCCUGCGAGAACCUGGGCCACUUCAACCCUGCCAGGCUGUUUCUGCAAUGACCGGGGCAGAGGGGUCUCCAAUCUGAGAAUCAAAGUGAGAGAAGGGCAUUAGAAUAAUAAAAUAUCCCAGCCGUGUCUGGAAACACCCUCUAAUGCUUCCCCCCUUACUGUAAUAUAUCAAUAUAACUGACACACUAGAAGCAAUAUGGCCGAGCGUUAAAGAGUAUUUGUCUCCGCCAUGCUGCUUUUGUAAAAACAAAGAGAUUCUAAGGUUAUUUUUGCAAGGGAGGAAGCAUGAGAGGAGAGUAAAGACGAGGGCUCGGUGAUAGAUUUAAUCAGAGGUACUGACAGAAGUAACACUGUACACCUUCCACCCACUUUGUGCCUAACAUGAUCCUGUUCUAACUGUAUGGUAAUGUGUGGUGAUGGGUAUUACUCUGGGUUUUCAACAGUAGUACUUUGCACCAUUUGUUUUUUUUUCUGGAAUCAUUAAAACUUCCACUUUGGAUCAAACUUUGAA